GCACGCGCCCUCGUCCUCUCGCCCACCCGUGAGCUGGCCCUGCAGACCCUCAAGUUCACCAAGGAGCUGGGCAAGUUCACGGGCUUGAAGACAGCCCUGAUCCUGGGAGGAGACAAGAUGGAGGACCAGUUCGCUGCCCUGCACGAGAACCCCGACAUAAUCAUUGCCACCCCUGGGCGGCUGGUGCAUGUGGCGGUGGAGAUGAAGCUGAAGCUGCACACCGUGGAGUACGUCGUGUUCGACGAGGCCGACAGGCUCUUCGAGAUGGGCUUCGCUGAGCAGCUCCAGGAGAUCAUCGCCCGGCUCCCCGACUGCCACCAGACCGUCCUCUUCUCCGCCACAGCACAGUCCCUGGGGAUGGGGACACAACACGGCCUGACGGAGCCGAUGCUGAUCCGCCUGGAUGUGGAGUCCAAGCUCAGCGAGCAGCUCAAGCUGGCGUUCUUCCACGUGCGCGGGGACGACAAACCAGCCGUGCUGCUGCACCUGCUGCGCAGCGUGGUGAAGCCCCAGGACCAGACCGUCGUCUUCGUGGCCACCAAACACCACACGGAGUAUCUCAAGGAGCUGCUGACGGCGCAGGGCAUUCGCUGCACGCACAUCUACAGCUCUCUGGACCAGACCGCCCGCAAGAUCAACAUCGCCAAGUUCUCCCAGGGCAAGUGUCCCGUGCUGCUGGUCACCGACGUGGCUGCCCGCGGGCUGGACAUCCCCAUGCUGGACAAUGUCAUCAACUACAGCUUCCCCGCCAAAGCCAAGCUCUUCCUGCACCGCGUCG